AUGCACCGUAAGACCAAGCUCCAGAAGAAGAGCGAUAUUGUCGAGCGUUUGUCCUUGGUGAAUAGACUCCCAGACGAAGCGGAACGCUCUCUCCUCCUGGACGAAGUGGCCAACGCCACCGCGUUACUGGACUCGAUAAAAUCCAAAAGUCGUUCUCGUCAAGAAGACCGUAUCCUGGUCCAGGCGUAUGCCGAUAAAUGCAGGUCUCUACUUUCUCCUUUUCGAGGUCUACUGGGACUACCGCUGGAACUGCUCCAUGAGAUUUUUCUCCACUGCCUGCCAGAAGAAGAUAGGUUCUUAAUUCCCUGGCCCGACCGUGCACCCGUGGCCUUGCUGGCGGUUUGCAAGUACUGGAGGGACGCUGCGCUCUCUAACACGGAGCUGUGGUCCUCUGUGCAUAUACAUUACUUGUCCCCCCACCGACGAGAAGCUUGGCUAGCGCGAGCCCAAACCCGACCGCUUGCUCUGUCAUACGACUCCACUCGGACUGAUGAACGCGGCGAGCAAAUGACCCGAAGCAUCCGCUUCUUGAUCAGUGUUGCCCAUCGUUGCAGCGUGCUGCAUCUGAGUCUGCCACCUGACAGCUUCCCUCAAGUCAAUCGAAUGGAGUUGCCGGAUUUGCCACUGCUCACUGAGCUCGAAGUUCGGGACUGCCACCUGGCUCGUGCCUCUGAAACGUUUACCCGUGAUCAGGGAACGGUGUCCCUUCCGAACCUCCGGUCCUUCAAGUGCACAUGGCUCUACCCAGAGCAGUAUGAGGACCUCUCCCUGCCUUGGAGCCGGCUGACGAACUUGGACGUGCAAGUCUGUUCUCCGGCUUGCCUUACCCGACUAUUGAAUUUUAUCGACGAAUGCCAGGAACUUCGACGCCUGCUUCUGAGGCUCACUCCAAACUCUCAAACCUUUCAUUGGAUUGCCCCCGUCACUUCUAUCUGCUUGACCAACCUGACUGAGCUGGGCCUGUAUUCCUGGUCGAGCGAAUUCAAUAUACGCACACACAACCAGUUGAGGAAGAUAUUCAGUGACCUGGUUCGGCACCUUAACCUUCCUCGGCUAGAAGCCCUUUCUAUAGGCAACUCCGCGACAGGGUGGCCUGAUUGGAGAAGUCUAAUCGUUCGCUCAAACUGCUCCCUGCAAAAACUAUCGAUUGCCGGGAUGGACGAGAUGGCCCCGAUGCUGGAACACUUUAUGCCGCUUCUCGCUAUUUGUCCAGGACUCCAAGCGCUGCAAAUUGUUCACGAUCAUCAACAUUUCAGCUUGGAGGCGGUUAAACUCUUCGACUGCCUGAUUAACCGCGCAUCCUCGGACGAUCCUACGCUCACGCUGCCGGAAUUGCAGGUUUUACGGGUAUUGGUCCGUUUCGAACAUGAGGAUGGAUACGACAUGUUCAAGGACCAUGUGAAAUCUCUACUCCACUCGGGAAGCCAAGGUCGAUCUGCCCAACCUAUCUUCUUUGCAGAGAUUGGCCUCGAGAGUUGGUGGCAAGCGGGCAGUGGGCGCAAGACUUGGACGUGGACCCGGAGAAAUUUGAUCGAGCACAUUGAGGAAAAGACCAUCUAA